AUUGUGGGUAACUCGACUUGUAGUUUCUGAUGGAUCAGUCAGUCUGUAGUGCCGACUGAGUUACUGGCGCUAGUAGUCAUUUUACAAUCAGAGUAUGUCAUCAGUAUCAGGUCGGAGGGUUUCGGCACACAUACAAGGGUAAUCAAGAAGACACAAAGGCAAUCUCGGAUUAAAACAUUAAGUUUCAAAACUUUUGAACUUACGUUACAUCAAAACAAGUGCAAUGACUUCGAAUGAGCACUCGCUUCAAGCUUUGUCCUGGAGAAAACUUUACUUGAGUCGAGCUAAACUUAAAGCGACAAGCAGAACCUCUGCUCUGUUCUCCGGCUUUGCUAUGGUUGCGAUGGUGGAGGCCCAGCUGGAGAACGAUCACGAUUACCCUCCGGGCUUACUGAUCGCUUUCAGUGCCUGCACAACAGUGCUGGUGGCCGUCCAUCUCUUUGCCUUGAUGAUCAGCACAUGUAUCCUGCCCAACCUGGAGGCCGUGAGCAACGUCCACAACCUGAACUCCAUAAAGGAAUCUCCACACGAGCGCAUGCACGGCCACAUCGAGCUGGCCUGGGCCUUCUCCACCGUACUAGGCACCCUCCUCUUUCUUGCCGAGGUGGUUCUUCUGUGCUGGGUGAAGUUCCUCCCGCUGAAGAAUAAUUCUGCAUCUCCAGGGAUGAGCCCGGGGGUAGCUGCAGCAGUCGCCUCUACUGUCAUCAUGGUGCCCUUUGGCUUGGUGUUCAUUGUUUUCGCAUUCCAUUUCUACCGUUCGCUGGUCAGCCACAAAACAGAGCAGCAGCACCAGGAGUUGGAGGUUCUGGCCAAAAUCACACAGAUGCAAAACCAACUGGAUCACAGGGGAGAUGCGUCCAACCAUCCCUCUUCAGCACACUUAGUCUAGUCGAUGUGCUUAGAUGAGCCCUUAUUCUCAGACCAAACAACAUGUGGACUGUUGUCCUGAAUAGACACCAGAGGAUGGGAAUCAGGGAUUCUGCAAUUGCACAGUAUUGUGAUGCCUUGUUUAAUAUGUAGUGUACAUACAAGCUUAACCGGCAUUUCUAAUCAUCUCUUUGCACACAAAGUAAGAGAAAAAAUGCAGUUGAAAUGGUUUCUCCAAAAAGAAAACAUGUAGUUCGAGACUUGGGAAUUGAUUGGAUCGUUGUCUCGUGUGAGUGACAGGUUGCCUCACACUUGCCCCAGUAAUCACAUCAUGAAAAAAAGAGACAAAGUGUUGUUUUUAAGACGGAGGGGGUAAAUGCUGCAAUAUUCCAUCAAAAAAUUUAGAUUUGUCAGAAAAUAAGAAGUUAAAGGAAAAAAUAUUAAGGAUUGGCAUCAGUGAUUUUAUUCAGUUUGGGGUUAAAAUAACAUUAAAGCAUAACAUUAAUGUUAAAAUUAAAAUAAUGUUAGAAAAUAAAGAGUUUUGAUCCCCUCCCUUCCCCGCUGCUGUUAGUUGUCUGGCUGUCUUUCUAAAGUUUUAAUUUCGAUUUCAGCAUUUUUGAUGCUUCCAGCUUAGAAAAAGUUUUUAUAGCUGCAGGAUUCAGUGGCAAAAUAAUAAAGAUGUAGGCCUUUUUUUAAAUUGUAAUUCAGGCGAUUGAAUAGUGACACCAACAUGUUUGCAAGAGCUGUUUAGUUGUUCUAGUUCAGUAUUUCCAUUUACUGUUAGUCCAAAUUAUUACACUCAAAUGCAGUUAGAAUGUUUUUAAGUAUUAUGAUGAUAGAUUCAUUAUCUUUUUCUGUUCAGUUUAACCGCAUAAAGCCUAAAUGUGGUUUUACAUUUUUACCCUGGAAGUGACAUGGUGUCAUGCUUUUAUUUUUAAACGCAGCAUUAAAAUGACAUUGAAAAUAACAUUUGGUAGAUCCGUUUUCCUAAAACCCACAUUUAAAAAAAAAAUUGGGGAAUUUUUGUAAAUUAUAUUUUGUUUUUCAGCUCAAAAAUGUAUAUUAUAAAUAUUGUGUAUUUUCUUUUA